UGCAUGUCGGAAAACGUUUAGUGGUAGUGAUACACGGAUAAUUGUGCGGUUCUAAAGCGAUUGCAUGCAGCUAAAGUCCUAUAAAAAGGAAGUUAUAGAGUAAAGACAGCGCACGCUUUCUGAUGUUCAUAAAUUCUGGAAAUUAAUAAAAAACUCUUAAGCAAAAUUAUUGAUAGAUAUCUCGAAGACUACAUAUUAGUUAAUUGAAUAGGAAUUAAUACUGCAAUUAAAUUAAAAGCAUUUGAAAAGUGUGUAGUAAAAUUUUACUCGCCAAGUCAUGCGAUUUGAACACCGUUCUUUAUUUGAAGAAAUUGGUAUUGGCAUCCUCGGCGCAGAGCAACUGAGAGGCACUGAGUCUGCAAUUUUGAGUGAAGUACAAAAACAAGGCAGCACAAAACUUCCAUCAAAUAAAUCAGUACUAGUAUUAGGCGAUAAUGCCACCGGCAAAACGACGCUUAUUGCGAAAUUGCAAGGUGUCGAAGAUCCGAAAAAGGGUUCAGGUCUGGAGUAUGCGUAUAUCGAUGUGAAAGAUGAGUACAGAGAUGACACAACCCGAUUAGGUGUCUGGAUUCUUGAUGGCGAUCCAGGGCAUACAAAUCUGCUGCGUUAUGCUUUGAACGAAACGAACUUUGAACACACCCUCGUCAUACUUACAGUCUCAAUGACGGAGCCAUGGGCUUGGCUGGAUCAAUUGAAUCACUGGAUUAAAGUGCUCUCCGAUCACAUUGAGAGCAUGAAGUUGGAGCCACAAGAGAAACAAGAGGCACGACAGCGGCUAAUCACUACAUGGCAGAGUUAUUGUGAGGUGGGCGAUGAUUUGGAUCCCGGGUCGCCAGUAAAACGUACGAUGAGAAAUAAUUCGAUUGAUGACGAUGAUCUGCUGCCGCUCACCGAGGGCGCGUUGACAACGAAUCUCGGUCUGGAUAUCGUUGUAGUGGUGACAAAGACGGACUACAUGACAACGCUGGAAAAGGAGUACGAUUAUCGAGAUGAACAUUUUGAUUUCAUACAGCAGUGGAUACGACGCUUUUGCUUGCAGCAUGGCACAUCACUUUUUUACACAAGCGUUAAAGAAGACAAAAACUGUGAUCUCCUAUAUAAAUAUUUGACACAUCGAAUUUACGGCUUACCAUUCCGAACGCCUGCGUUAUUUGUCGAGAAGGAUGCAGUUUUAAUUCCUGCAGGUUGGGAUAGCUUGAAGAAAAUAAGUAUUUUAUACGAAAAUAUGCAAUCGUGUAAGGCAGAGGACUACUACACAGACAUUAUCUCGCCACCACAAUCCAGAAAAACUGUUGCUAAUCGUGAAAUCGAAAUGCAAACCGAAGAUGAACAGGCCUUUCUGUCGCGACAGCAAGAGAUCCUCAAACAAGGCGGCCAGCCGCGUGGCGAUUCACCGCUGCGCCAUCAAGGCGGCACCAACAAGGGCAUGCAACAACGCACACCUGGCUCCGGUGGUCAGGGUUCACCCAUUAAGGUAAGCGUGAAGCCGACACCAGCUACACCGGGCAACGAAGGUGUGCUCGCCAACUUUUUCAAUUCGCUGUUGCACAAAAAAUCGGGUUCACCCGCUACGCCUGCCACCCCGCCCAAUGCACCGAAUGCGAGCAGUACACCACGUACGAAUGGCACCGAUGGUGCCAUUGAUAAGUUGGCGAUGCGCUCCGAUGCAGCUGCCGAACUUGAUCGCCUAACGAGAAGUGCGAAAAAAGAAAUGGAUUAUUCACAAAGCGAGUGUUAAGCAUAGCGAAGAUAGUGUUUUAAUGAAGAAAAGCAAGAAAACACAUAAGAACAAGUAUAACACCACAGUGCGCUUCGGAACAAUCGUUGGAAUGAGGAAUGAGCAACAAAAACAAGUUAGCAAGAUAAAUAUAAGUUAAAUAUGAAGUGAGUGAAACUUAUGUGAAUGUAAGCGGUAAUGACGAGUGUAAUGAAAAGAAAUCCCAAAGGGAGUAAAUUUAUACAUGCUAAACCCUUAGAACCCUCUACGAGCGAAAUUAACGGAUUCAUUACGAGAACAAUUCACUCAAAUAACGAGAAACUCUCAUGUAGAUGGUUAAAAAGAUAUACAUAUUUGCAAUUUGAAAGCAAACAAAACAAAUGCAUAAUGCUAGCUACUAAGCAAAAGCAACACAAGUGGAUGAAAAAAAAAACAAAUUUACACUAUUAUCUUGCUCUAAGUUGAAUCAUGUGUGACGCCCACAUUAGUUAUGUUGUUGUUUUCCCAAGUUGCUUCAAUUUUAUAGUAAUUAUUUUAAAUAUUUUUUAAACGAUCUAAUAAAUGCAAUACCUUUGCAAUUGUUUAUUUAAGCGUUGAAAUUGCUUUAAACAAAAAAAUUGAAUUAUUUAUGUAUUAUUGAAGCAUGGUAAAAUAGCAAAGGGAAGAUAAAAUAAUUAAGCUUGUUUUAAGUUGGCACACAUUCAAAUACAUUGUCUGACGUUGUUGGCCGAAGCGUAGGUAGGCAAAAAUUAUUUCUUUCAACGCUGCUCAAACAACAUACAUGAAAUAAUAGAAAGUGAGCACUUGGAGAGUUUUAGGGAAGGCGGCGUCUACAUAUGUUUUUAAAGCAGUUUUAAGCCGUUCUAAUGCGUUUGUGUUCCAAGUAAAUGAUUUUGCUUUAGCGUAAUUACGAAUAAGAGCUUGGCAAUAUUGGCGAAAUUGCCAUUCUUUAUUUUUAUAUGCUAAUUUUUAUUAUUUUUUGCUCAAAGCUAAAAAGUACACUGUAAUUUUAUAUAUUAAAUUUAAUUUAAAAACAUGAUAUUUUCAAUUCUAAACUGUGCAUAAAACAAAUUCAUAAAAAAAA